AUGCCUUUUCCACUGUCCUGCAGAUCUUACCAACACCGGCCACUUUACCUAGGCCAGAUAACCGUCCUUGAGAGUGAACUUCAUGGCGAGGAGCGCAUCGGCCGGCGUUGGCUCGCAAAACAUCCAUUGUGUCAGGGUUUUAUGGUCCGCCCAUCCACAACAAUCGGCGGGUGGCUGUACGUGGCCAGCUUCAUCCUGUCCAAUGCGCAUCUGCCGUUCGUGCCUCGACUCUUGGCGGCGGAGGAGCAAUUACUAGGAGAGCAGCAGAAGGCACAGGAGGAGAGUCUGGUUGCAUUACAGGAUUGGCUCAAGGUUAACAGUAUUCGAGUGCUAGCGGUGGAUUUGCCUCUGCUAUUGGUCACAACGGCAGCUGCACUGGGGUCAGAGAACUGGCAGUAA